CUGUGUACACACAAGAUCAAAGAAGGAACGUGUACUUCAUUUACACAGGAGUUUCGAUUACUGACAUUCGCAAACUUUUUAACUUUCUCAAACUUUUUAUCUUGCUGGUCAGACAUUCAUUGCACCUGGCCUACGUUCAAGAGGCAAUUGAGAUAUAUGGCCAGAUUCAGUUGCUCCGCAAGCCAAAUGUGGCCUGCUAAAAGCGCCUAUUAAAAAAAACCGUUUCGGAAUAUAGGAUGAUAAUAAACCUCAUGCUCUAAAUACAUGAGACUGAAGUGAUCAUGGAUUAUUUAGUAAAAGGAAGUUGGGAUUAAAGAGCAAAACAUUUAAGAACAGUUUCAUGGGCCUGAUUCCAACUUGCAGGUUACAAUGCCCCAAGAAUCGAUAAGUCUUCCUGCGAUUGCGCAGAUACCACCUACACUCGAUGGACAGGCGUUCCUCGCAGCCUCUCAUUUUAAGAUCGGCUAUGACAGACGCCUUUCCAGAAGUGCUACAAAACGUAGCACUUUUUCAAAAGAUUAUAGCUUUCACAGCCACUAUGGCCGAUCACCAGCCGCCGUUCCUCCAGUACCAGCUGAGGUCAUGCAUCGGGCUGAAGAAGUUGGAAUAAGUGACGUCACAGAGACUCUUCACUCCUUCGGGUCGAAACCAUAUUCAAAACUUCCACCAUGUGCAUCUCUUACUAAGACGAAUUUUAAAAUGAACGCCGAUAAAAGUAUAGACUCUUUUAAAACGACGCAUUCCAAGAUGUAUCCACCAAAGCCGUUAAGCCAAAGUUUACCAAUGUCUUUUCCGAUGAAGAGUUACGUUCCUCAAGGAGAUCGAGAAAAGGCAUCUAUUCCCGUGUCAGACUAUAAAUCGAGGUUUACUGGUCACGAUACCGCCAUAUUCACUGUUGAACGAGCUCCUUGUAUGCAUAAUGGUGGUCAGUCAACUAUACGGGGUGAUGAUAGAACGCAUGAUAAAUUUUUGACAUCAACAAGCGAACAAUUUCCUGCCAGGUACAUCGCUUACAGUAGAGUUAAACCAGACACAAUUGGAUCCAACAUUCCACAAGGUGACAUAAAUAAAAUCCCUGAACGUUGCACAACACAAGAAGUUUCAUAUCCUAAACAUGACAGUGCCAAUUACAAGUCGUACGAAAGAGAACAAGCUAUUGGACAGAUUGGUGACACUAACUUCAAAAUGGGGCAUAUUCGAACAUACGACAGAUUCGACACAACUGCAGGGGAAGCAUUUUGCCCAAUGGGAAACCCAGGCUAUAAAAAGGAGAUCCCAUACGACAGUAAUGCAAGCAGUUUUCCUGAGGGAGACAGGCAUCCAGACAGAGAUAAAGAACGAGUUAGCACAACAAAUUACACCACUUAUUAUACAGCGCCUCCAAAGAAUUUUAAAAAUGAGAUUAUCUCUGGAGCCGAAAAACGUGUCGUCAGCAUGGUAACAUUUGGAGAGCCGAAACGGGGAGUGACGUUCUACAAGACAACACAAAGCGAAUCCUAUCCGACAAUAAAGCCGCUUAAACCCGUUACUAAGGUGCUUGGGCCCGAGAGCAAAGUUCCAAUGGACUACUACAAAGAUGCAUUAACACUUCCAACAACAAUAUCAGACUUUCCUGCAUGGAAUACCGGGAAGUAUCAUGUGACAAAGGAAGCCCUUGAACAGCUUCGAAAAUCACACAUCGACCCACCACUUGGAGGUGAACGUAACUUCAACACAACACAUCUGACAGCAUAUACUGCUAAAAAAGCAGAGCGCUACCAAUAUGACAGCGGAAAACUCCAGAAAAGUUCAUUACCACUGGGAACAAUGACGAUAUAAAACUUGCAAAAAUCGUUAUUGUUUGUUAUCUUUGUAAAAAAAUAAAUAAAUGCUUGAAAUUGCUAAAACUUUUUUGUUUUGUUCUUCUUACCAAAUCGUAAAACCAUGAACUUUUUAGCUGUUUAAAUUAUUUACAUAUAUAGAAAGUGAGGAACAAAUAAAGUAUUUCAUUAAUGCUUUAAUUUAAAGUAAUAUUUUAAUGCCUCUAAUGUUAUGCAAGAUAUGUAAAUCUUAAUAAUCUUAAUCUAAAGAAUAUGACAAUUAGAAGAUUACCAAAAAAUUAUUGUGAGGGAUGGUCAUACAAUACACAAGUAGCUUAUUUACAGUAUUCGGGUCUACGCCCGUUGCACCCCGGCCUUUUUGCCACCCAGCCUUUUUCCACCAGGCCAUUUGCCACCCGGCCUUUUGCCACCCGGCCUUUUGCGACCUGGCCAUUUGCCAUCCGGCCUUUGCGACCUGGCCAUUUGCCACCAUAAGCCCGUUGCCAUCCUGCCCGUUGCCACCACCUGACCUUUUGCCACCUAGGCCCGUUGCCACCCUGCAUUUUGCCACCCGGCCCGUUGUCACCCAUAGGCCUUUUGCCACCCGGCCCUUUGACACCAGGCAUGUGGCCACCCUAGGCCCGUUGCCAUCUGGCCUUUUGCCAUCUAGCCCGUUGCCACCUAUAAUGGUACAGUAUAGUAUUUCACUCUCGGCACAUUUGCCACAAUAUGCAUGUGCAUUGGGACAUUUCCCCGAAUGGUAUAAACAAUCUGGAGGAUUAGCGUAUAGUUUUGUUUUUUUUUCCGCUAACGAUGAGAUUAAUUAGUUAGACUAGAUCUACCAACAUUUAUAAAGUUUAUUCUUGACCUUAUUUCUCAUGAGAAAUAUGGCUUGUAAUAAAUCGUCCUUAAACCAUGGAGGAAUAAGUUUAAACCAAAUGAGUGCAAUAAAGUUCAAAUAAAUGAAUUAAUAAUGUUUGUAACAACCACCAUUAAUAUACACAACACAUAGGUUUGUGGUUAAAUACAAAUAACUAUUAUUGUCAUAAAUGUGUUUUUUAAUUGUAAAAAUAUACGAAAACUGGACACUACAGUAUCACUUUCUUUAUACGGAUUGAAUAAAAAGUAAAUUUUAAAAAAA